UACACUAGUGUUCCCGACUUAUUUACAUUUUACACUGUUUACCUUACACAUCUGCCUCACCAGCUCAGGCUUGCAAAGCAGCUCUAUCAAAACAUCGAUUGGCUAUCCCAAACCGCAUUGCAAUGGAGUUAUCCGGCUGCUCGGUUUCGAUUACUCUGGCCUCCCGUGACUCCAGCGUUUUUUUUUUCCACUCUUCUUUAAGGAACUAAGUGCAGUUUAGUCGUUGUCAACAGGGUGAGGUAGAAGACGGGUCGAAAUAAGUUGGUACGUGGAACUGAAUACACACACAUUACUGUGCGUGAAUCUUUGGAGCCCGUUUGGAAGUUUUGCUUUUUUCGUGUGUGUCCAGGCGAACAUGGAGACUCCCACAAACGAAGCCCCAUGAGCACCAUGGACAUGUGAUACUUGACUCUGCUCUAGGCAGAUGCAAGUCCCAGGCUGGAUUGAAUGGCACUGAGGAUACAAGUGGGAGUAUUGAGAUGACCAGCCGGCAUCCUGGCCAUGGAGAGAGUACUCACUCCACGGAUAAACAGCCACCUGCCUUCACACCCAGGCUCCAUGUCCAGCGGCCUCUGUCAAAGGAGAACAUUGCCAUCCACUUCUCAGCCCUUGGGAAGGAGGAAGAGGAGGAGGAAGAAGAGCUAUACUGUACAACUGUCUCCACUCCCUCAGCUGCCAUGUAUGACUCAGAUAUCGUGACAGCCUUAGAAGCAAGUGAGGAGAUGUUUGAUGGGGUGCCAUCAGCCUCUGCAGCUGGAGCUGGUGUUAUUCCUGAAACAUCCAGACUUUCUUCCCCUUCAAGACAUCACACUAUCAAUUCUACCACUCAGACUCUGUCCUCAGCCUCAACUUCAAACUCCUCUCCUACAAAAUCUUUGAGCUUUCCCUCCAGUGACAAACCUUUUCUAAGCCUAGCGAAGUCCAUCUCCUCUGAUGCCGAGUCACGUGAUGGGGUUUCCUCUAUUCCCACACCAUCACUAAGGCACACGCAUCUCAUGAAGACUCUCGUUAAAUCUUUGUCUUCAGACACAUCCCAGGAUUUGUCCUCUUCAUCAGCAUCCUACCGUCUUCCAGAAUCCCGCCUUAACCUGCAACUCUUUAAGCAAUUUGCUCAGUCCCGGUUAUCAUCUGCUGCCAUGUCGUCAGCUAGUGAUUCUAAAACUGCCCCCUCCUCACCGUUGACAUCCCCAGAUAACCGCAGCUUCUUCAAAGUCUCAGAAGUGGAGGCACGAAUCGAAGACACCAAGCGUCGUCUAUCGGAGGCAAUUUCUGAACCGCUUCAGCUGUUGAGUAAGAUCAUGGAUGAAAAGAGUGGCAACUUAGUUGGAAGCAGCAUUUACCGGCCCAAGGUACUUUCUGCCAGUGCCACAGAACUGUCAAGUCUUGGUUCUAUCAAUGGUCCAAUGGAGACUAACAAUAAUUACUGCAUUAAGGAGGAAGAAGGAACUGACUGGGAGGGUGAAAGCCCGAGCAGACAGGCCUCUGCUGCAGCAGAAUCCCCGCUGAGCACUGCCUUUGCCACUAAAAGUCCCAGCAAAUCAUCUUUGCUUUACAUGUCUGCUCUAGCAAAGCAGGCAGAAGAGGACUAUUGCAUUCUGUCCAAUGAGGAAUUUGAGACUUUUACAGACACAGAAGGUGAAAGUGUUGAUAAAACUGAUAAUACUGGAACCGGUAGUCUAACUAAAGUGCCACUAAGUGGUAGUACUGAACCCUGCAGCGAGGAUGAAUCUGAAUAUAUUGAGCCCCCACCUAGUGUUCCAUACUAUACUCUCCUCAUCCUUACUCUACUCCUCUAUGGGUGUUUUAUAUUGCCUCUGCCUAGUUAUAUUGGAGGAGUGCUGCUUGGGAUUGAGCUGGGAUUCCUUUUAGCCAUUGGUUUUGUGUGGCUGGCAGGACCAAAACGUUCUGGAGGGAAGAACAUGGGACCUAGACGGCAUGGAAAGCUGCUCAAUGUGACCAAGUUGGACAUUAAGGAACCAGAUAUCUACAAGGGUUGGAUGAAUGAGAUACAGAACUACGACCCAGAGACGUAUCAUGCCACACUGACGCAGUCCGUCUUUGUCCGAUUGGAGGGAUCCAUCAUUCGACUGUCUAAGCCCAACCACAACAUCGCCCGCCGUGCCUCGCACAAUGAACCAAAACCUGAUGUUAACUACAUCAGUCAGAAGAUUUAUGAUCUUACAUACAGCAAAGUGUAUCUCGUGCCUCAGGGUCUCGCCAGGAAGCGAGUCUGGAACAAAAAAUACCCUAUCUGCAUUGAACUUGGCAGGCAGGAUGACUUCAUGUCAAAGGCAGAAGGUGAAAGAAUGGAGGCCAGUGAGGGCACACGGGAGCGAGGAGAGGGAACGGGGGCAUUCCAAGAGCGGAGAUCAUCAUCAUCAUCAUCUUCUUCCAUUCUGACACUCUACCUAUUUGGAAGGACUGGCAGGGAUAAGGAGGAGUGGUUCCAGCGGUUUCUGUCAGCCUCUAAGCUAAAGGUGGGCUUGAAGAAAAGUUCCAGUGUUGUAGGACUUAAGAAGGCUUUGAGCUGUCACAGUCGCAACAGCAGCCGCAGCAGUCUGGAUGAAGCCCUGACAUCUCAGACCAAGUCAAAAGACUCAUCAGUCUCUUCCACAACAGUGGGCAGUGCCAAAACCAAGCCUCUGCUGGACUACAGUGUCUACAUGGGUUCCUUAAUGCCUAAAGAGUCUGCAGUCAGCCCUACAGCUGCCAGCCCUGUUCUUCAGAGUCCACAGAGCAGCCCUGGAGCUGAUAAGAAGAAAGAGCAGCACAGCUUUAUGAGAAUAGUGAGAGUAAGUCUGAGACGAGAGGUGGUGAGGAUGACUGUGACCUGGAAAAUUCUCAAUGUUUUAGCUUCAAAAUUAGUAAUUAUGUUUCUUUCCACUGUCACUAAUAGACUCAGAUUGGGAAGCCAUUUUUUACAAUAUAACAGUGAUCUGCAAAUCUUACAUUUUGCAGUUUCAUAUCUUACUUUUUUUCCCCCUCAUAUCGACCUACCUAAUAAUCUUUUCUUUUUUUUUUCCCCCUCAGGUCUGUGGUUUGACCUAGAGAUGACCUACAGUGGCUCCUUCCUGAUGACCCUGGAAACCAAGAUGAACCUCAUUCGCCUGGGCAAGGAGGGAGAAAGCCUGCGCCCAGGCGAAUUUGGCAAAGAUGGAUACAGGCCACGAACUUACUGCUUGGCUGACAGUGAUGAAGAGUCAUCCAGCGCAGGUUCAUCAGAUGAGGAAGACUCCUCAGAUGUUUCCAAUGAUUUGACUGGAGCGGAGGGCUUUGUUGGAGGACAUAAAUCGAGCAAGAUCAUGCGCUUUGUGGACAAGAUCACAAAGUCCAAAUACUUCCAGAAGGCCACAGAGACGGAGUUCAUCAAAAAGAAAAUGGAAGAAGUGUCCAACACACCGCUGCUGCUCACGGUGGAGGUGCAGGAGCUCCAAGGAACACUGGCAGUCAACAUUCCCCCUCCUCCUACUGACAGGAUAUGGUAUGGCUUCAGGACACCACCUCACCUGGAACUGAAGGCACGACCUAAACUGGGAGAAAGAGAAGUCACUCUGGCUCAUGUCACAGACUGGAUAGAGAAAAAACUGAAGCAGGAAUUCGAGAAAAUCCUUGUAAUGCCAAACAUGGAUGACGUGUGGCUGCCGAUCAUGCAUUCUGCCAUGGACCCACGCACAGCUGGUGGCCCUUUAGUUGGCCCCCCAGUGGACCCAGAGCCUUCCCAGCCAGAGAGGGAGAGCACCAGCCAGCCAUGAUGAUUGUUUACAGUAUUUCCUAACUAUUACAGGGUCUUAGAAUGGAAACCGGAGCCAAAGUCGAUAGGUCUGACGCUACUGUAACACGAACACAUUCCCAUAGAAUAGACUAUGAAUUCUACAAGAACAAGGUAGAGUCGACCAAAUAAACACUAAUGACAAACAAACUGUUGCUUGCUGCUCCCUUAAGUGGUAUUUAUCAGAGGGUAGAUUGAUUUGUCUUUUAGAGUUUAAGGAUGGACAUAUGAAGGGAGUCACGUUUGGCUCAAAACCGGGAGGGGGUUAAGCUAAUAAGAGGAGAACAUAUAAGUAUAUAAUGUGCUAUGAACAUGUCAAUGUGAAAGCAUUCACCACAUACCUUACAGCCUGCACGUGAUGAGACAGUGAGACGGCGCAUGGUAGGCCUUUUUAGUUUAGAGACUGAGCAAGUGGUGCUCACAGCGUGAUGUAUGUAGAUUUUUCUAGAGAAACAGGCGAAAUAAAUCAGAUACUUGAUGUUUAUUUACCGAAAAAGAUUAAACCUUUAAGUGGCUUUGUGUCAGCGACUUUUAAUCAGGUGUUAACUUACAGUAUUGAUUUGUGCUGUGACCAGAUCUUGAACACCCCGUUCACUUGCCAAACCCUGUUCUUUUUUUUCUUUUUCCUUGUUUUUUUUUAUUAAUGCCGCUGAUGCCAUUAUCCGUGUUAACAUGGAAGAAAUGCUCAAGAGCAAACAUGCGUCAUGUAGGAACUGUCGUUCACAGCGUAAAUUUAAUGCUUAUGACAAGUACGCAACAAAUAAGUGCAAUGUUAGAAAUGCUACAUAGAAUUUAAAAUGAUAGAGACUAUAAGUGUAUGUCUGAGAAGUAAGAGCCCUGUAACACGUCUGCUGAAUGUGCGUACGGGUGUUUGUGGCUUCAGUUGUUUUUGAAUGGAAACGUCUUUUCUCCCGGCAAACAUUUGACUGGGAUAUGCAAAUUAUUGCACAAAUACUAAUGAAGGUUUUCUUAUGAUAAACACUAGCUCUCCUUGCAUAUCAUUUUAGACAUGUCCUAUUCGAUAAUCGGGCUUACGGAGAGCUGAGUGGCUUAUUUAUCGAUGCACUUAACAGUUUUAAUUACGAUAUGUGACAGUGCUUUAAAACGACUUUAACCUCCACACUGUAUGUAGAAGGACACUUCAGUGAAGCUAAGGUACAGACUGGUUCAUAAACCUAUUGCCAAGAAUGUGCACCCUUCUGGGGGAAAAAAGAAAAAAAAGCUCUUUAACUGUGUUUCUAAUCUUAACCAAAGUCCUUUAAUUAGGCCCAGAGUUGGACUGCUCUUUCUGCUCACAGGUACACAUCUUGUAUUGACAAAGCAUUGUGAAGUGACAUUUACAGAUGUACUACAGUACAUGCGUUAAUGUUGAGGGGGUUUUUUUUCCUUGUAUUUUGGAAGUCUAAGUGGGUUAUGGUUUCAGGUUUUGUGUCAAUGUUUUUGGUAUAAAGAGAAUUAAAAGAGAAUUUUUUGAUGAUAUAUGUAAAGCUCAUGAAGUUAUUUGUAUCUGUGAAUUAUUCAUGACUUUUUAAAUUUUACAUUUUAAUUUCAAAGCCAAAUCCAGUGAUUAUGUGUAUCUGCCUUAUUUAUAGAGCAAAAUAAAUCUUGUCAAAGCUU